AUGGCAGAAGAUAACCCUUUGGUUUCAGAGGUUACGAGUUCCUCUACUGCAACUUCCAUCAUCAUUCAUGGAGAUAUCAAUCCUAAUCAAAGGUUGUGCUCCGUGUUGUUAAAUGAAUUCAACUAUCUACGUUGGUUUCGUGCUGUCACGCUUGCCCUAGGAGGAAGAUCCAAGAUAGGGUACAUCAAUGGCAACAUUAAACCUCCUAAAACUACCUCUAUGUCUUAUGAUGCAUGGUUGUGUAAUGACCAACUGGUUAUGUCGUGGAUGCUCAACUCCAUGGAGCUCAAGCUGUCUGAGCUUUUCAGUUACUCAAAAUCCUUAUAUAUUCUUUGGGAAGCAGUCAAGGAGAUGAACGGGAGUCAAAACAAUGCUACUUAUGUGUUCCAACUAAAAAAAAACCUUGCUAGUUUAAAGCAAGGUGAUCAAGCGUUUGUUCAGCACCUUGGAAGCUUGAAGAACAUGUGGAACGAACUAGAUUUGUAUCGCCCACACAUCACUGACCAUUGA